AUGACUUUUAAGAUGAUUAAUUCCACUAAAUGUAUUCAUCCAAUUGUUUAUUGGGGUCAGUCGGAAGAAUAUGUAUUUCUUUCUAUUAAAGUGGCCAAUGCAAAUAUUGAUUCUAUUGUUAUCAACCAAGAAGAGUUUAUGUUUUCUGCUAUGGGUACUGGAGCUGAUGGUGUUAAUAAAUAUGAAUUUUCUAUUUUAUAUUAUCUCCCUAUAAUCCCUCAAGAAAGUCGAUAUGUCGUUACAAGUUUAUCUGUUAAUGUGAAAUUACGAAAAGAACUUAAAGAUUCAUGGUCAAGGUUAACAUUAGGAAAUCAGCGUCUACCUUGGGUUCGUCCUGAUUUCGAUCGUUAUCAGUUUAAUGACUCUGAUUUGGAAAAUAAUGAAGAAGAAUGUCUCAAUGUUAACGUUGUACAUCCAUCAAAAGAGGAGAGAGAUAAGCAUAAUGCAGAACAAAUGAUGCUUAUUGAUGCAGAAGAAUGGGAAGCAUUUUUGAAUCUGAUUAAAAAUCCUCUAACAAUUUAUUUAUUCCUCUUUAAUGUCGUUCAAUUCGCCGGUUAUCUUUAUGUUUGUGGAGCUCUGGUCUAUGGAUUAAUGCAAUAUAAAGAAGUGGAUAAGAUACCAUUUUAUGAAUGGAUUAUCGAUAGAUUAAUUUUUGUGCAAAUUUUAUCAAUUUUGGAACCAUUGCAUGCUUUAUUAGGUUGGAUUCGUGGUGGAAGUGUCUUACCUUCAGUUUUUCAGUUGUUUGGUCGUUCCCUUGUUUUGUUUUGUAUUGUAUUGCCACAUGCUGAAUUCCAUUCUGCGUCUACAACUUAUUGGCUUUUCUUUUCAUGGAGUCUCAUUGAAAUUGUUAGGUAUCCAUAUUACAUUUUAUCAUUAUUAAGUUUUCAAAAUGGACUUAUCACUUAUUUACGUCAUACAUUGUGGAUCUUAUUGUAUCCUAUUGGAUUUAUAUGUGAAGGUAAAUAAGAAUUAAAAAAAAAUAAAUAGUACAGAUAGGUUGUUUUUUUGAUUUUUUGUUUUUUAGUGAAUUGUAUUUAUUUAUUUAUUUUCUUGAUGGAGUUUGUUCUCUGAGCUGGAUGGUUUCGUCGUGGAGUUUUCAUCAUUCUUCUGAAUGACAUAAUCAGCACAGACUUCAGGUAGAAGUAGAAAAAGCUAUAGGAAAUUUGAAGCGUGGGAGAGCAGCAGGCCCUGAUGGAUUUACCCCUGAGAUUUUUAAGGAUGGCGGUUCCAGCAUUAGCAGCGAGAUUAACUGAGGUCCUAGGUAGAAUCUGGGAACUGGACGUAAUCCCAUCUGACUGGUCUCAAUCACUGAUUGUGCCAGUCUAUAAGAAAGGACAAAAGUCUUCUUGUGACAAUCACAGAGGAAUUAGUUUGAUUAAUAUAGUGUCUAGAAUAUUAGCUUCAAUAAUACUUUGACGUCUAAUCAAAGCUCGUGAAGAGCAGACUAGAGAAAACCAGGCUGGUUUUCGACCUGGACGUGGUUGUAUAGACCAAAUAUUCACACUGCGUCAGGUCCUAGAACAUAGACAUACAUUCAGACGCCCCACAAUGGUAGUAUUUCUCGACCUUAAGGCGGCAUUUGACUCUGUUGAUCGUGAGGUUCUAUGGCAGUGUUUGUCACUGAAUGGAAUGCCAAAGAAGUACAUUAACCUUGUAAAGGCUCUCUACUCGAACACAACUGGUCGAGUGAGAGCUUAUUGCGAGUUGUCAUCAAAACUGAUUACCUCAAGUGGUGUUCGUCAGGGCUGUCCACUCUCCCCAUUCUUGUUUAACUUUGUCGUUGACGUGCUUUUAGAGAUAACACUUUCCACAUCUGACUUUCCAGGCGUUGAACUUCUACCGAAAGAUUCACUUGUUGACUUAGAGUAUGCCGAUGACAUAUUUCUAUUUGGUGAAUACGCUGACAAAAUGCAGAGUCUACUGACCACUCUAAGCAACAAUGCAGGCAUGUUCGGCAUGCGAUUUUGUCCCUCGAAAUGCAAGAUGUUGUUUCAGGAUUGGGUUGCGUUGACACCCGAACUAGUGAUAGGCAGUGAAGUAGUUGAGCGUGUCGACCGCUUCACUUAUCUUGGAAGUGUCAGCCCUUGUGGUCUGGUGUGUGACGAAAUCUCAGCACGGAUACAGAAGGCUCGACUAGC